AUGGUCACCAAAAUCUGCUCCAAAUCCAACUUCCACGCCCUAAUCCUCGCCAACGGUGCGUUUGCGAAGCACGAAGUCAGAUCCAUUUUCGCCGAACUCAUGGCCGCCGUCUCCUACUCGACACCAGAAGGUGGAGAAGAAGAAGCCACCGUCGGAGAGGUGGCGUCGCGUGGAAAUCUGAUUUGCGAUUUGGGAAUCUGCUGA